AUGGAAACAACCGGCGGCGCACGGAACUGGUCCGAGCUGCCGGAGGAUGUCUUGCUCACCACCAUGUCGGCCAUGGAGGUCCUCGACGUCGUCCGGGCGAGCGCGGUCUGCUCCUCCUGGAGCUCCACCUACGCCACGUUCCGCCGGCUCAGGCUUCCAUCGCCGAAGCAAUCUCCCUGCCUGUUGUAUCCCCACGACGACGCCGGCGGGCCAGACGGCAUGGCGCUCUACUCCCCGUCAGCCGACGCGACAUUCCGCAUACGGCUUCCGCAUGAUGCCGUCGUCCUUGCCGGCUCGGCGUACGGGUGGCUCUUCGUCACCGACCAGGCGGCCAAUCCCUACUUGCUCAACCCUCUCACCGGCGCGCGGGCCGUGCUCCCGCCCGUCACUAGUUUCCAAUGCGUGGUGGGCAGCUCCUUGGACGACGACGGGAACAUUAUCUACCGCACCGAAGACUCCAACCUGGCAUCUCACGGAGACGACGUGCGGUUCUUCUCCGUCACCGCACGAGUCGCGCGCUCCUGGAUGUAUCGCCACGUGGCCCUCUGUGCCGACGGCGCCGCGCCGUCGUGCGUCGUCCUGGUCGUGCACGAGCAGCCGAUGGACCUCCACUUCGCCAGGCCAGGAGACGAGCGCUGGUCCUCGCUAUCCUCCGUCGGCACCGGCUUUGUCAGCGCCGUCUACAACGACAAGGACGGUCUGUUCUACGUGCUCCAGUGCUGCGGCACCGUCCACGCUCUAGACCUCCACGGCCAGACGUCCCCGACGGCAAGGGUUCUCAUCCGCACGCGGGGGCUCGUUGUUCAUCGCCGCUCCCUCGCCGUCACGCCGUGCGGCGACGUCUUGCUGGUGGCGAGGACAUCUUGCCUGUUAGAGCGCCUUGAUAUCUACGACAGCGGGAACGCCUUCUCUGUGUACAAGCUUGACCUCAGGGCGAAGAAGGUGAAAUUAGAGGGCAUCGGAGACCAUGCUCUGUUCCUUGGAAACAAGAGCUCGGCGGUGUGCGCUCCGGUCGUGGACUGCCCCAGGCUAAGACCAAAUUGUGCAUAUCUGGCCGACUUUAGCCGUGCGAGCAUCCCCAAUAGAGAGCGCAAGGUGAUCAAGAAGCGGGACGUCGCCAUCUACUGGGACUUUGAGAGCGGGGUAAUGCAUAACAUCUGUAAUAUGUGGCCUCUCCAUUUGCUGGAUAUACCGGAGACGGCGCCGGCUCCAAUUUGGUUAACACCCUCUCCUUUGUAA